CGACGACGACGACCUUGUUGUUGGCCCUGUUAGCGCCCUCCUCACUAAUCGUGAAUCUGGACUUUCAACAACUUAAACAACUUGAACAAGAAAAAGACAAAAGACAAAAUGACGAAGCAAUGGGAGGACCACAGACAUAUCAUCAUCCGGGAGUAUAGGGACAACAACAAACCUCUUCAUGAAGUGAAGAAGUUCAUGGAGGAACGGUAUCGGUUUAAAGCCUCAAUCCGAGCUUACAGGUCACGCUUCGAUCGAUGGAGGGUCCGCAAGUAUACAUGUCGCAAGCGAAGAGAUUCCUUCGGAGGAAAAUCUGAGUCAUCAGAUGAUAGUACCGGUUGUUCGCCACCACCACGGAGUCCCAUCCGGAGUCGGAGGGUGAGCAGCAGCCCGCAAGAACACUCGUCGAUCCAUUACAUCGGGUCGAGCAUGUACGAAUCGACAACGCCAGCGGAAGAUUUUCUGACCCCCCCGAUCUUUGAGCCCCGGCAGUUGUAUCAUACAGACCCCCUCGCGGGACUGCUCCCUGCUUCGGGUCUGCAUUCGAGCCAAGGAGGGCUCGUGAACAGUUUCCGGUACCCGCCUGACCAUCAAGGGCAAUGUGCCACCGGCAUUUACCCGCUGGUCCAUGACCCAGUCUUCCAAAGCAAGUUUAUCAAGGGCUGUUCUCAACCGCUUCUCGAUCACUGCUUCUCCGACAGGGUAGCCAACCGCUUUCCGCGGCCCAUACAAUGAUCCAACAGGGCAUGAUAGCCCCUCGACCGUUAUCAAACCCUGCAUGGGUUGAAACGGACAUGGCCCGCUGGAGGAGGUGGCGUUCACCGUUCAGCCUUCAACGGUCGAGUUGCCGGUCAACCCGUUCUUGCUAACAGAAAGCAUACCCAGUUUACUUGGCGUCCA